AGAGAAAUCUGAGAAUCCUGAACCUUCGGCCUUAGCUCUUCUUGGAUUCCACCGGCGUUCUCCAGCCAUCAUUCCUCUUUAGUCUUCAACAUCGCCGGCGUGAGUGUGCUAGAGAGCGUCGUCCGUCACUGCUGCCGCGAGGUUCUCCUCUUCCCUGCUCUGCUGUUGUUUAGUUCAAACCCUGCACGUGCGCUUGAGUUGGUUGCUAUCAGUUCUUCUUCUUUCUUUUCCGCCAGUCAGCUUGCUGUUGUUGACAGGUGCGACAGCUCCGUCCGCCAUUGUUGUGAAGUUCUACUAUUACAGUUUGGACACAACCGAGAGAUUGAAAACUUGCAAUGGAAUAUACUGUCUAUGGAGAAUCUUCGUCCAGCUUUGAUGCUUUAAAUUCAAGUCCGAAAUGGAAAUAUGAUGUUUUCUUGAGCUUUGCAGGAAAAGACACGCGGUUGAAGUUUACAGAUCACUUAUAUGAUGCUUUCAAUAGAAGUGGGAUUAGAGCUUUUAGGGAUGAUGAAGGAAUAGAGAGAGGGGAAGAUUUAUCCAAGCAACUGCUUCAAGCAAUUGAGGAUUCUCUGUGUGCAGUUGUUGUUCUUUCUGAAAAUUACGCAAAUUCAAAAUGGUGUUUGAAUGAACUCCAAAAGAUUCUUGAAUGUAGGAAUAAAUUGGGUCAACGAGUUUUUCCAAUUUUCUAUGAUGUAGAUCCAUCUGAUAUAAGGUAUCAGAGAAAGAGUUUUGGAGAAGCUUUGGCUAAACAUGAAGAGAGAUUCAGAAAUAACAACCACAAUCACAAAGGUCUUGGUUGGUUUUCAGCAUUCGUGAACCUCGGUUUGGGCUUCAAACAACGUUUUUGGCUGCCAAACACUCAUUCUAACAUGUUCAAACUGCAAAAUUGGAAAAAAGCUCUGUUUGAAAUUGGCAACUUGUCCGGUUGGGAUACCAGGGGUCGGCGUGAAUCAGAUUUGAUAAAAAAUAUUGUUGGAGGGAUAUGGACUUAUUUAUGUUCUAAAUUACCAACUUAUGGUGAUAAUCUAGUAGGGAUUGAAUCAAAAAUGGUUGAUAUGAUGUCAUACCUGGAAAUUGGGUUGGAUGACGUCUAUUUUGUAGGAUUGUGGGGUAUGGGCGGUAUCGGUAAAACAACUCUUGCUAGAGUUGUUUACGAUAAAAUCUCACAUAAAUUUGAUAUGUGUUGCUUCCUUGCUAAUGUUAGAGAAACCUCACAAAGAGAAGGUCUAGUUUCUUUACAUAGAAAGCUUCUUUCUCAUCUCAAAAUAAAGAACAUGGAAAUUGAUGAUGUGUAUGAAGGAAAGAAGAUAUUACAAAAUCUUUUUUUCAAUAAAAAGGUUCUUCUUGUCCUUGAUGAUGUAGAUCAUAUGAAACAAAUUCAAAUUUUGGCACAAAGUCCAAAGUGGUUUGGUAGAGGAAGUAGAGUAAUCAUAACAACAAGAGAUAGCCACUUGCUCACCACAUCUAAAGUGCAAAGAAUAUAUGAGGUGAAAAUCAUGAAGGAAGAAGAAUCUCUUCAACUCUUAUCUAACAAAGCAUUCAACCAAGAUCAUCCUAAAAUAGAUUAUUUGGAGCUGUCUAUCUCUGUGGUUAAAUAUACAGGAGGUCUUCCUUUGGCACUUAAUGUUUUGGGUUCUUUUCUUUGUGGAAGAAGUAAAGCUGAAUGGAGAGAUACUUUGGAUAGAUUGAAGCAAAUUCCAGAUAAUGAUAUUCUUCAAAUACUUAAAAUAAGUUAUGAUGGCUUAAAUGAGGAAGAAAAGACAAUAUUUUUGGAUAUUGCUUGUUUUUUCAAGGGAUGGAGGAAAGCUGAAGUAGCCCAAAUUUUGGAAGAUUGUGAUCUUCACCCGACAAUUGGAAUGAAAGUUUUGAUGGAAAAAGCUCUACUAAUUGAAAAGAAAGAUCUUUUGGGACACUGUGUUUUAGAAAUGCAUGAUUUACUUGAAGACUUGGGGAGGUAUAUUAUUUGUCAAGAAUCUCCCAAUGCUGGCCAGCGUAGUAGAUUGUGGGAGUUAGAGGACAUUAAUGAAGUAUUGAAAAAUAAGAAGGGAUCUAAAGCAAUGCAAGCUAUUGUGUAUCGGUAUUUAGGUGAUGAUGUAGUAGUACAUCCUCAAGUCUUUUCAGAGACGAGUAAUAUUAGACUACUCAUCUUAUCAAGGGAUUUCAAGCCUUUUGGUGGUCUCAAAUGUCUUCCUAGUGCAUUAAAAGUUUUUCAAUGGCGAGAAUUUCCUUUAGAAACUCUCCCAUUUGAAGCUCCGUUGGAUAAACUUGUUGAUAUUCAAAUGCAUAAGAGCAAAAUAAAGAAACUUUGGAAUGGGGUACAGUUUAUGAAAAAGUUGAAACGCAUUGAUCUGAGUUAUUCCCGAUACUUGAACGAAACUCCAGACUUCUCAGAAGUUCCAAAUUUAGAAAAACUAAUUCUUGAAGGAUGCUCAUCUCUUGUCAAGGUUCAUCCUUCACUUGGAAAACUGCACAAGGUUGUUCUGGUGAACUUGUGCAACUGCAAGAAUCUCAAAAGCCUUCCAAGAAAAUUGGAAAUGAACUCUCUGAUAGAAUUAAAUCUUUUUGGGUGCUCCAAAGUUGAACUGCUCCCAGAGUUUGGGGAAGGUAUGAAAAAAUUGUCAUAUCUUGAAAUGAGAGACACUUCUGUAACUAUACUUCCCGGAUCACUUGGGUUCUUGAGCGGUCUUAGAUAUUUGUAUUUGGAGUCCUGCAAAAUUCUUAAUCUUCACGGGUUGUUGGAGAAUCUCAAAGCUCCCCAAGUAUCUGGCUUUCAUCUAACAUCAUUAACAAUGUUAUAUUUAAGGGCGUGUGGACUUAGUGAUGAAUCAAUUCCCGAUGAUUUUGGAAGUUUAUCUUCACUUAUUUUAUUGGAUUUGGGGCAAAAUAAUUUUGUCAAUCUGCCUGCCGGUUGCUUCUCUAGUCUUUUUCGACUCCACUAUCUUUUUUUAGAUGGUUGCUUUAGGCUUAAGUCAUUGCCAAAGCUUCCACCACGGUUAAGUCGAUUGGAUGCAAUGGAUUGUGUUUCAAUGGAAUCUUUAUCAAAUGUUCAGUUAUGGGAACCAGUUUCAUCACUUAACCACGAGCACCGCUGCCAAACUGGAUAUGUGAAUCCACAGCUCAAGCAUAUUGAGUCAGAAUAUCUUCCUCAGAGAGAUUUUCUUGCAAUUAUUCCGGGAUCGAUAAUACCAUCAUGGUUUCCAAACAAAGAUUAUCCUUUGUGGAAUGAUGAGGAUUAUAGCUUGUACCAUGAUGGAGAGGAUUACAUAAUAAAGGUGAGGAUACCUCAAUAUUUCCGUGAAAGUGAAUGGUCCGGAAUUGUUGUAUGCCUGUGUCUCUCAAGUGAGAACAGCGAUGAGAAAGCGUGGAUUUCAUGGAGUAGUAAAGCUCCUGAAGAUAAUAAUUUUGUAUGGAAAGGGUGGGAACAUCGUUUUGAACUGAGUAGGUCUCUUGACCUUGAUGAUCUCUGCAUAAUGGUGUUCGAGUUAAAUGAGAAAACAUGUUGGCAACAUCUAAGAGGUCAUAACAAUUCUCUUCACAUUAAACUUAGCCUUCGUAGUUAUCGUUGUAAUGCAUAUUCGAGGGGUCAAAUAUUGGGUUGUGGAUGGCGGGUUUUAUGUGAAGAAGACAUGAAACAGUGGCGAAACAACAUCCAUUGUUUCAACAGAUUAAGAGCUGUUGGCAUUUCUCAAGUCUGCCUUCCUGACUACGUAUUGCACAGAAGUAUAGAAAUUAAUAGCAAGCCUACCAGGUGCAUUAAUUACAAGAGGGGCAAGGAGAGGAACAGGUGAUCUGCGGAUCGGCAAGCACAUCCAUGGGCGAUAUUAAGUCAAGAGUUGCAGCAUCGAAGGUGAUGUAUUCAUACGUCUAUUUGUGUUUAUUUCUUGACGGAUUUUAUGAAUUUCAUCUAUUGAAGUGACUUUAAUUCCCUGUUA